AUGAAGACUUUCGCGGAACAUGCGACGGAGUGGUUGGAGGACUUCGACAAUCCGGAGGGUCGUGUCGCGUAUGCACGAGCGUUAGCGGUCACCUCCUUGGCCGAACACGUGGAUUCGGUGGUGGGCGAUGCGAAGAAGGGGUUGGAAGAGUACAUCUCGAACCACCUUGCCUCCGCGCAGGUCAACAUCGCCACCGCUUUGACCGCCAGGCUCGCCGUGUCGCCGCCGCCACCGCCUCAUCCCACGCCGCCCGCCAUCCCAGAAGAGUUUUUGAAGUCGUUCAAGGCCGACAUCCUAAAGGCGGUGACGGAGGCCACCCAGCAGUCUUUUGUUGCUUCCGGGAUGAAGAUCAUGACAGAGAUGAUCGGCACUGUGGCGCCUGGUCGACGUGGGUUGUCGCCUUCGGCCAAUGACGCCGAUAAUGCGCAAAGAAAAACGGCCGAGAAGCAGGGCCAUAAGAGGACCGGCGACGGAAACGACAAGGGGAGCUCGAAGCGGAGCAAGGGAGCGUACGGUAGUUUCGGGUCGAAGCCUGCGCAAAAAAGCGUGGUCGACCAGCUGAAGACGAAGGCGGGGUGGAAGGUGGUAAGGACGUCGCACAGCAAGGGAGGCGGAAGCGGGGGAGCAGAGGGUGGCCCUGCCGACGGGGUUGCCGCCAACCAAGCUGCUCCGACUGGCCCGCCUUUGGUCGCCGAGCAGACCCAUCCUCAGGCGAGCGGUGGGAAAGGCGUUACCGGCAAGGAGGUGCCAACUGCUCAGGCGGCGAAUGAUGGUGACUCUGGAACCACCAAGGGACCACCCGUCGCGGCGUCGGCCAAGCCUGCUUCUGCUACGGUUGCCGACACCACCAAGUCGAGUCCCCGUAACCCCCUUGCGGCUACCAGCGCGCCUGCCGGCCAGUCAGGUGCGAACAAAGAUGGCGAGGCUGCUCCAGCUCCAGCAGCCCCGACUGCCGCCAAGGUUGUCGCGAAGGUUGCUUCGGCUAAGGGUGAUGCCAUGGCAUCAGCUAAGGCCCCCCCCGGUGCUACCGCGCUCAGAGAGAUGCUCCGCCGCAUGGAGGCACAUAGCAGGGACGUGCAGCAGCAUCCCGUGGUCGACGCCGGCCUUCCUGGAACAGCACGCCGCUCCGUCACUACGCAGGUUGCCGGCAAGUCGUCCGGUGCCCCACCUGCCGCGCCUCCGGUGGCCGCCCCACCGCCUGCGGACCCCAACGCGACGCCGAUGUCGGUAAACGCAACCGCACCCACACCAGGUGCAUCUGUGGUCGAUGUGGCGGCGGAGAAGGGAGUGAGUGCAGCGCUCGCCACCGGCGGCCGCGCAGACAAGUAUGCCGACCUCGCUGUCGUCAUGGCCCAUUUUGAGGCAGCAAAGCGCCCCGAGCACGCCCCUGUUAUGGCCAUCAUGGACACGGCGCAUGUGGUGCCAUCGGCGACCCACUGA